AGCUAGCUGGAUUAUUAAUAGCGAGCUAACGUGGCUAACGGUUAGCCUAGCUCGCCGGAGAACCUUCGGCGUCAGCUGCUGUCGGAUGGUUGGAGACGUGUUGAUCGGAGCAGGACUCCCUCCGACACGAGCCUCCGAGCCCGAGCGACGCCGCGGAACACGCACGCGGCCGCGAGCGGCGGGUCCGCGGGCGAGCCGUCCGCUAACUGCUAGCUGCUAGCUAUUGUUAGCUCGCUAACGGUCCACGUCUGUGAAGAGGCUGAAUGAGCGACACUCACGGUGCUAAGUUCACGUUAGCGGCUAACGACGGACGAUGCGUCUACUGUUAUUGAUCCGAUUAACCUCUGAUCUGAUCUGAAGUGAGAGGAUGUGUCCAGGCCUCUGGAUCCGUGACAGACGCUGACGAAGGGAACGACCUCGUGAAUCUUCUUCCGUUUUCCGUCUGAAGUCCGCGUUUCUCUUCGUUGUGAUUUUAGUCGCCACGGGAUGAAGAGUCUCUGUGAACUCCGUCACGCUCUUUUUAAUGUUUCCUGUUCCAUGGGGUUGAGCGCAACGCUUCACGUCUCACUCUGUUGUAAAUUAACAAGACCUAUGUGCCGCGUCGCCCUCGUCAGUCACCUCAGUUUCUGGUGUGUGUCUGAAGUGAUCUGAUUGGCUCCGGUGCAUCGGCAGCCCCGCCCCUUUCAGGAGGAUGAACGGCUCUCUUUUGACCCCGCCCAGCCCGCGGGCGGCAAACUCUUCUCCGUUACCUCCUUCCCCCUCCCCAUCCCCUUCUCCCCCCUCUCCCUCUCUGCUGCCCCUGUCCCCGCGGCCCCCCCCUCUCCCCCCUCUGGUGAGCCCUCCCCCCCAGGCCCACCCCUCCUCACUGUCUGACACCCCCACCCCCUCUCCCUCACCUUGCCUGAGCUGGACCGAAUUCUGUGAGCUCCACGCCCGUGUCGCGGCCGGUGACUUUGCACGCCACUUUCGGGCUUUUCUCCAGGAGAACCCUCACUACUCCCCCGACUCGGCCGCCGCCUUCUGCCGCCGCUUCACCGAUCGCUUUGUGCGUCACUUCCAGAGCGAACUGGAGGGGGCGCACCUGCCGAGCUGCGCUUCUGGGAGGGACGAGAUGGUGAGCUGGGCUCCCCAGUCGGACGCCACUUCCCUGGAAGAGGAGGCGGUCUCGCCCCUCUCUGUGACAGGGGGCGCGGUCCUCCCCUGUCCCCCGACUAACAUGAUGCGAGCUUCGUCCAAGCCAGCUCCCACGCGGCUGGUGUUGGAGAACCGCAGCGGGGACGUGUUCCAAGAUUCCUACGCCCAGGGCCAAGUCCUGCCGCCAUCGUCCUCCUCGUCGUGCUGCUCGUCGGUGGGAGGGAACAACGGGAGGCGUGAAGAGCGAGGGGCCCUGGUCACCCCCGGGAACGGGGAGGCGCCUGUCGAGGAGGAGGAGGACAGCUGGCUCGGGGUGUCGUCCGUCGGAGAGGACGUGGACACGGAAGCGCGCGAGGCAGAGUCUGUGGAGGUGGACGGCGCCGACCCGUCCCACGCUCCUCACAUCUUGCUCUCCUCCGUCACUCCUCCGCCCGACUCCAAAGGCAACAACACGCCUAACUCCUCCAAAAACAAACUGAAAAAGCGUUUCUCCCUGCGGAGCGUGGGCCGCAGCGUCCGGGGCAGCGUCCGGGGGAUCCUGCACUGGCGCAGCUCGUCCAGCGACUCAGCCCAGAGCCCGCUGCCCUCCAGCUACAGCUACACCAUGGGCGUGCAGGACGCCAGCCUGGUCUCCACCUCCAAGAGGAACUCUGCUACACAGCCGCCCACGCCCACUUCCUCCAUGCCCGUGUCCCUGUCCAUGCCCCUGUCCCUCCCCCACUCCUCGUCCUCCUCGCUGCCUCCCUCCUCCUCCAGCAGCGCCACCUCUCUGUCGCUGUCGGACGCUGCUCGGGAUCGGCGGCGGAGCAACGGCGAAGGAGGCGAGAAGGAGAAGUGGAGCCACCGGCUGGAGAAACUCAGACUGUCUCGAUCGCCUCCUCCCGUUCUCACCCCCACCUCUGCCUCCACGCUGCCUCCAAGCAGCGCCGCCGCCGCCGCCGCCAGCAUGGGACCCCCAAGGAAGGUGGGCCGGCUGGUGCGGGAGGGAGGGGUGAGUGUCAGCUCCUCUAGCGACGAGCUGAGCGGCAGCCACGGCUUCUCUGGCUUCUCGUUCGGUCUGCUGCAUCACGGUACGGACAACAACAACGCCACCGCCUCGGCUUUGUCCUCUGCGGCGGCUCCGAUGGGCCCGAUGCAUCCUCCGGCCAGUGGAGGCAACGUUCCCUGGAGAGGAGGACGCUGGCACAAGUGUCGUCUGGUACUCAGAGAGCGGGACAGGGAGGGGGAGCGGGGGGAGGAGUACUACCUGGAAUUCUUCAUCCCACCCAAAUCAUCGAAGCCGCGGCUGACGGUUCCCUGCUGCUCCAUGGUGGAAGUGAGGAGCACAACGGCGCUGGAGGUCCCAGACAAGGAGAACACCUUUCUGCUGAAGCUGGAGGCGGCGGCUCAGUACGUGAUCGAGACGCGAGACGCUGUUCAGAUGCGAGCCUGGCUGAGCGACAUCAGGAACGGCAUCUGUCUCAGUGAGCAGGACGAUGGCGAAGGUGUGUGCGGCCCGUUAGACAUCAGCGGAACUCCAGAGAUCGUCGAUCGUCUUUCACAAGUGUGUUACGGAGGCAUCGGAGGCUCCUCCCCCCUGAUGGAGUCUCUCCCGCCCGAGCUGCCCCCUCGAGCCCCUCUCGACGAACCAGACGGCCGGAUUCUCGGGGGAGGCGGGGCUAGUCUAGGCACACCUUUCGCUGAGACACCGGACGCCACAGGCUCAUUCCUGUUCUCCGACGUGGCGGUGGCGGAGGCGGUGGAGCAUCCGCUCAGCGAGUGUCAGUGGUUCCACGGCACGCUAUCCCGUCUCAAAGCCGCUCAGCUGGUGCUGGCCGGAGGCCCGGCGAGCCACGGCGUCUUCCUGGUUCGCCAGAGUGAGACGCGGCGCGGAGAAUACGUCCUCACCUUUAACUUCCAGGGCAAGGCCAAGCACCUGCGUCUGUCCCUGAACGAGGACGGCCAGUGCCGGGUGCAGCACCUCUGGUUCCAGUCCAUCUUCGACAUGUUGGAGCACUUCCGGGUUCACCCCAUCCCCCUGGAGUCCGGCGGCGCCUCGGACGUCACGCUCAUCAGCUUCGUGGGCGCCACCGCCGUUCGCCAGCCAGGCCGGGACAGGGCAGGCAGUCGGCCCACGGUCUGUGACGUCAUCACCACGCGCCAUCCUGACUCUCCAUCAACCCCCAUCUCUGACUGUGUACUUGACCAGCAGACCCCGUAGCCCCCCUCAGCCUCCGCCCCUGCCGCCGGGUCGGCCGCCGCCCCCGACUCCACCGCAGGAGAGAGGAAGUGACACGGAGCCGGGAGGAGGAGGAGGAGCAGCAGCAGAGGUGACGACCAUGGUGACCGCAGCAGCGA